AUGCCAGAUCAGAUUGGUGUGUCGGCAAUGGCGCAGCUGCCGGGACGGAAACCGAGCAAGGUAUCCUCGAACUUCGGGGAGCGCAUCUCAAGCACGACUGGACGAGGGGAAACGCAGCCGAAAGAUGGUGUGAUGCCGCCUAUUCGGGCUACGAGCCUACGAGGUUAUCUGGCUCUCGUCUCCAUGGCAGGGGUCGUUAGUGUAGAAUGA